AUGAACGAGCUGGAGGCGCUCCGCCAGGAGGCGGAACAGCUAAAGAACCAAAUUCGGGAGGCAAGAAAGGCGGCAAAUGACACAACGUUGGCGUCGGUGGCUGCCAACCUGGAGCCGAUCGGCCGCAUCCAGAUGCGGACGAGGCGCACCUUGCGAGGUCACUUGGCCAAGAUCUACGCCAUGCAUUGGGCUACCGACAGCCGUAACUUGGUAUCUGCUAGCCAGGACGGCAAGCUGAUCGUUUGGGAUUCUUACACGACGAAUAAGGUUCAUGCCAUACCUCUGCGCAGCAGCUGGGUUAUGACUUGUGCGUACGCCCCGAGCGGCAGCUACGUUGCAUGCGGCGGCUUAGACAACAUAUGUAGCAUCUAUUCACUGAAAACUCGGGAAGGAAACGUGCGUGUCUCCAGGGAACUGCCCGGUCACACCGGCUACCUCUCGUGCUGCCGGUUCCUCGACGACAACCAAAUUGUCACCUCCAGUGGCGACAUGACCUGGUAA